AUGAGCACGACAACUAAACUGCUUGUUGAUGGUGGAAUAUAUCGUUUUAAUGGUUUAUUAUCCGACUUAAGACUUAAAGUGCUUUGUCGAGAUGAAACUUUGGGAGUUCCCCUGGCGGUGAUGUCAAGCUCUUUAAUUAAUGCCGUUGAUUGUGGAUUUGCUAUCAAAUGGUACGGUCACUCUAAAAAGCUUGUGAUUCAAACUGAUAAUGAACACUACUUGAAGCGGAAAUUUGCGAGUUUGGCGAAUCCAGUUGGGAGCGACGUGGCAGCUGGCGACGGUGUUUCAGUAUCUAAGGUAUGCACAUGUCCUUAUACUUGUGUUAACAGUGAUAUAAUCGCUGAACUGGAGGGUGUGAAACUCGAUAUGACGAUUUUAGGGUCCCGUUUAUUUGCUUCAAUUUCCCAACAAGAGUCUAAGUCUGACGAUAUUAACUCACUUCGUGUUAAACAGAAGGACAUAGAGGCCAUUAUAAAUAAAAAAGACGAAGUAAUCUGCAAACUCAAUGAGGAAAUUCAAUACAUUAAGACAAAAUUAUUAUCCCUUGAGCGCGGUGGAGCCCAAAACGACCUUGCGAACAAAGGUCGUGGAUUAAUUAAUGCAUCUAACGAAAUUCCUAACAACUCUAAGAACAAAGACCCUAGCCAGAAUAAUAAUGUAUUUAAUACAAUGGAUGAUUCCUUUUGUUUGACCAACGAGUUACCCACUAUUAUGAAUAAGAAUCAGUUAAGCUCAACUAUUAUUGAAAUUCCUCCGUCCAAUGAUGAAGAUCAACAUCAUAAUUUGACAAACGCCACU